UCAUCGCGUAACCCCAACGUGCUCCGCCCAACGGUGGUAAAGUGUUUCCGCCAAGAUGGUUGUCGGUGCUUUCCCUAUCGCCAAGCUCCUCUACCUCGGAGUAAGGCAGAUGAGCAAGCCUGUAGCGAACCGAAUAAAAGCGGGAGCAAAGAGAAGCGAGUUCUUUAAGAAUUACAUCUGUCUGCCGCCGGCACAGCUUUACCACUGGAUUGAGAUGAGAACGAAGAUGCGGAUCAUGGGCUUUCGGGGUACCAUCGUUAAGCCACUGAAUGAGGAUGCGGCUGCAGAGCUGGGUGCAGAGUUGCUGGGAGAAGCAGUCAUCUUCCUCGUUGGUGGUGGAUGUAUGAUUCUGGAGUACAGCAGGCAGGCUGCUAACUCGCGUCACAAAGAAGAGGAGCUGAACGACACCAUCACAAGCCUAAAGACUCAACUAGCAGAACUAACACUAACCACAGAGACUUUAGAUACUCAGCUGAGACAGAUCAACAGGCAACUGCUGUCAUUUUCUGUUUCCACCAAAAAGUGAUUAAAUUAGUUCUUUGCUGUAUGAAGUGGCCCUGAUUAUUGGUCUGUGUGUGUGAAAGAACAAGAGUGCACAAACAUGUACAGCCUGAUAACGACACUGCUUCACACAUUGUCCCCUGCCCAUUAAGUUGGGUGGAAGAGGUGGACAUAAGCAUAUCGGUGCGCUGUGGAUUUGGGUGCAAUCAUUAGCUCAUUUUUUGAGCAACUAGUUGCAAAGGGGGAUUGCUAUGAUAUUCAUGGUGUAUUUCUAUGGUUGAUCUUGCAUGAACAUUAUAAAAGGUGACUGUAUAUUAAGAUUUCUAAUAAAAAGGCAAUGGAGACUUUAAAGUUAAUAUAUUUUAUAACACCUCCAGCAUAUUAUUUUAGUGAUCGCCAUGUCCUUUGAUCACUUAAGAAAUGCUGAUUUUCAUGCUUCAUUGUGAAAGUGCACAAAAUGAGAAACAUUUUGAUUAAAGGCCAAAAACAUUGGAUCACAAUGUUGUAAAAUGUAUUAUUUUUGAGUGUUUGCCCCAUACAGUGUCAUGGAUAUGGCAUGUUGAAUUUACACUGUAAAUCCCUUUUCUGGUUCAUGUACAUUGGGUGUGAUGACAACUGUAAAAGGAUGGUGUAAAUAAAGUGUUAAAGUGUC